AUGCCUUCCACCACUCGUGCCAGCCAAUCAAAAACCAACCGUUCCUCUGUACGCUCUUCUAACAAAAGCAAGAAGAAAACUCCUCGGAACAAAAAGACCACCUCCAAAACCACUACAGGUGAUUCAGCUACAGACAGAUUCGAUGCUGACAACAAUCACAAUCCAGACGAAAACGAGGACAAUGAAUUUCAUGAUGAAACCAAUCAGCAAACCUCUGGGACAGCACCAAAAUCAAAAUCCAAGCCGUCUAUCUUUCAGUCUCGUUUCCCCGAUCUUGAACUUGACACCUUUGAACAGCAACUCAAUUCUUGGACUAUAGUGAAACUUCAGGAAGCAAUACUUCAACAAGACUCACGCCGUAGUACUGCUCCAAAAGAGAUAAAGGAUCUUGUCAAAGUCGUUCGAAUGGAAUUUGAAAAACGUAUCCUCAUGAUUGCCCUGAUGGCUGGGGUUCCGGAGAUCGUUAUCUGGAACUUAGUUGGCAUUGGGAAGAAGAAAGUUAAGGCUAACCCUUGGAUUCGAUUUCUCACCUUCUGUGUGAAAUGUUUGGGGCAGCAACUGCCUGAUCGCGAUGAUAAAGAUGCUUGGACCAAACAAAAUCAGGAGAUGGCCGAUAUUUGGCAUUCACUGAGCAAGGACCAACAGUCUGUGUUCAAAGAUCCCUACUUUUUUGCAUUGGCCAACCUUCCCGACUACUCGAAUGCCUCUCUAGGUGAACAUGACGAGCACAACAACGAUGUAAACGAAAACAAAAACGAAAACGGAGUGAACUUAACCAACUUCGACACCGUUACGCCUAGCCCAACAAUUCACAAACUUUCUGAGGAAGACAAAGCAAAAUAUCAGCCACUUUUCAAAGACCUAGUAAAUGUCGAGAAAGUGCAUCUCUGCCAUGGUAAACCGGAAUCCUCCCCUUCAAUUGCAACCUUACAAAAACGAUCUUUGAUUGCUGUUCGAAAGGCUCAUCAUGAUUUCUCGGUUGUCUGUCAACAAAAUCAAAUAUCAUACUAUCUAACUAGUGCAAGUUGUGGUGGUCUCAACGGAUGGUCGCAAACGUUUUCAAACAACGUGAAAUUUGCUGAAUGGGCAUUGGACGUAAAACAUAUUCCUGACAAGUUUCGUACUUACGUACAUGGAUUAGAUGCUGCCAAAGAGAUCGAGGGGAAAGUCCCACAAGCGAGUGACCGUAGAAAAAGUCAACUGGGGCGUAUGCUAAAUGCAUUGUUAAAGCCUUAUGGUCAUGACACAUUCCCAAAGCUCGAUGAUCCUGCUCAAAGAAUGAACAGGAAAGGCUGGGAACUCAAAAUUGUUCAGAAGCCCGGCAGUCUUCUCAAACCGGAGGAACUUCUUCGUGGACACCGAGGUGUAACGGAUGCAAUGGUUCAGGCCUGGAUUAAGGACAUCGAGAACGGGCUUUUUUUGAUUGAAACAAAGGUUGCUGAAGAUGGCGAGACAUCUCAAAACGAUCAUCAAGACGAAUCGCAGCAAUCAGGAGGUCCUAUGCAAGAACAACGCUCAAAACAAAAGAAAAAAAGGAGCGGUAAACAUCAAAAAUCAAAAGAGCCAACUCAAAAGCGACACAAAACAAAUAAACAACCACUUGAGGCAGAAGACGAUGAUUCCGAUUCAAACACUAUGAGCUCUGACUCGUCAGAAGAAGAAGAAGAAGAAUUUGAGUGA